AUGCGAGAAGCGGCUGGCAGGAUGGCCGAGCUCGAGUUCGAGGCGCCGCUCGCCCAAAUUGAAGAUGCCGACGAUUGUUUGACUUCGGCCGACUUUCCGCAGAAGACGAUCAACGGCAACGAAAUACAUCUGAACAACAUUAACAAUCUGAAGAGUGAAAUGACAAAAAUUAAAACAGACUCGAAUAAAAUAAAUGACAACGACGAAUCGAGACUGAUGAGGCUGAAACAGGACAAUCAGCAGAACGGCGAAGGGGAUAACUUCACCGAGACAUUUUCCGGUUCGCUCGAGGAUCUGGUGAACACCUUCGACGAGAAAAUCACUAAGUGCUUUGGCAACUACGAGGAGAGUGUGGAAAAAUUUGCACCGGUGCAGGUCCGCUCCCAGGAAGAGAUAAUGAACGAAUGCCAGAUGUGGUGGACAAUCACUGGCAACUUCGGAAACAUCCUCCCGAUUGAUUGGACUAAGUCGUUCUCGAGGAAAAUGCACAUCCCUACACUAAACCUAAGCGACAAAAAGAGCGCCAUGACUCCGGACGACGAGAUCCACAGUUCAGAGGACGAUCACGAAUGCCCAGUGAAGACCGCAGAUGAGGUCAUCCAGGAAAUAGACGACAUGAUGCAAGAGACUCCGUCUUCCGAAGGUGAUAUACUGGAGUACAAUGAGGCUUUGGAAAAAGGCAAGGAAGUCCUCAACUCGCCGCUUUACGAAGACAAGCUCCGACAGCUUUCGCUGGCGCAGCUGAACGAGAUCUUCAUGGAGUUGGAGGUGCUCAUCCGGGAGUUCUCCGAGACGCUGAUAGCCGAGCUGGCGCUGCGCGACGAACUGGAGUACGAGAAGGAGCUGAAGAACACCUUCAUAUCGCUGCUGCUAGCCGUUCAGAACAAGCGCAGGCAGCACCACAUAGAGAAGAAGAAGAGACCGGGCCCGCCGAGAUCGCCCAAUCUGAACGCCAGCCAUUCGGAGCCGAAGUACUUGACGACCGUGAUACCGUUCCACCUUGAUAACGGACCGCCAGACAACCAGACGCUACAAGUGCUGAUCAAGAACAACCAGACGCUACAAGUGCUGAUCAAGAUACUGAAGGCAAUCAAUGAAGACAGCCCUACGGUGCCCACUCUGUUAACGGAUUACAUCCUGAAGGUGCUCUGUCCCACA